UACUGACAGUCAAUUUGGUUUAGUUAGGAAUUUAGAUUCUUCAGGCUGUAAUAUCGAAAAGUACAAUAAUUACUGCAGUAUUAAAACCACUUCGUAUUCAUUAAACUGUGAGGAUUGUAGUGGAUGUAUAUUAAAUAUAAUUAACAAACCGACGUUACACAAAAGAGUCUGUGAGUCGCCAUUCAUUUGUCAUAAUUGCAAGAAACCGUUUGAACAACUGCAAAAUCUUAGAAAGCACGUAUUGAGUCAUGUGAAGCCUAGAAAGUGUAAGAUAUGCAACAAGCAAUUUCGUGAUUUGAAUGUCUUGACAAUACAUUUACGCAAACACUCUAAAACAAGUCCAUUUAAGUGCCACAUUUGUGACAAGUCUUUCAGGCAGAAUUAUAACUUAAAACAACAUAUUGAUAAGCACUUGGGGUUGUCCAAUGUUACUUGCAGAUAUUGCAAUAAGACUUUCUCUACAAAAUAUAAUGCCAAUAUUCAUAUGAAAAAUGUGCAUAAUCAUAAUGAAAAAUCCAACAUCGUUGAUGACACGAUGUAUUUGAAAAUGGACUCAAAUGAUAAUUAUUAUGGAUCUGUGGAUUCCUCUACAGAAAAAGAUAUUAAAGUAGAGAUCUUUGAAACGGAUGUUAAACAAGAAGGAACAACUUCAGAAGAGUUUUAUGUGAAAACCGAAAUGUUAGAUUCAUGAUUGUGAUCCAAACUGAAAAGAGUUAAGUUUAACUUUAACACAGAAAAUAUUUUUAUUCUAUCGUUGAUAAUGAGAAGUUUAUUAUUAAGUUUUAUGGAUUUAUUAUUUAAAUUACCGAAAAAAAUAAGUGCCUUAUUAAUAAAAAUACAAAAUGG